ACUCACUCUAGAUUGGAUCAGUUCCGUUCAAAAGUAAAAUUUAGAAAAUGUCGUUGAAGACUACUGUACCGAAUAAGAUAUUGAUGAUCUUUUUCAUCUUCACCUUUAUCCUGUGCACUAGAGCUGAAACUUUAGAGGAAGAAAUAGAAAACUUACGCGCAGUUUACCAAAAGGCUCAGAAACAAUAUUUAGCAAUAAUAAUCGAAAAACUUAAAACGUCCAGUGCUGUGAAAAUCGACAUCCCUCCAAACAUGAUUCUAUCUUUGUUUGAAUCAACCACAGAAGAAGAUGAUCAAAAAUCACUGAUGAAUUUAUUUCCCGCAAUCGAUUCUAAUCAAGAAACCACAUUUAAAAAGUUUGCCGAAUGGUUCGAGAAAGAUUUUCGCAGAGGGCUACAGAAAACACUGCUAGCAUUCGCUUGCUGGGCAACAACUGGCGAAACGUACUCAACACUGUUGUCCAAGGCGGAUAAUUUUCGACAAUAUGGUGCACUAUUUUCACAUGCUUUUAGCAUCUCCAAAGAGGGACAGAAAGCGGUAACAGAAGCUGCUACUCUAAACGUGAAAUAUUGCGUUCUCACUAAAACUGUGGACAAUCAUUUGGUUAGCUACACAAGCACAAGUAUGCUAGAGAAGCUUAAAAUGGUCUAAAAAAAGUUAUUGUCAUUUUAAUAGGAUUUUUACCAAAUAAAAAGCUGAGAAAAAA